AUGACCACUGAAUCGUUAGCUGUAAGAGAUCGUGAUCAACCUUCUCAUACUGUUAAACAGGACUCUUCAACUUCACCAUCAACAGCUAAUGAUGACAACGAUGACAACGACGAUACUGAUACUAGGAAAAGUCGACGAUCAAAGAAACGUAUCAUAUAUGCGGAAACAGAUGAUGACGACGAUGAAGGUAGUGACAAUGUCAAAGAUAUCCCACAUUCAGAUAACAAGCCUCGGAAACGACGCUCAAGACGAGUCAUUGAAGACGAUGAUAGCAGCGAUGAAUUUAAACUUGAUAUUACAAAAGACCACGAUGAGGAUGAUGAUUAUGACGAUGGCAACUUUGAUUGUACAAUGGAUAGUGAUGACGAUAUUAUUCCUGCAACGGCUAUGGAAACAGAACCACAGAUAUCUCCUAUACAAGAGCGAUUUAGAGGAAGAAACAAGGCAUUCAAGGAAAAGAAUGAUGUACGGUACAGCUGGUUAGCCAACCCAAAGGAUGCAAAUGGAAAUCCUCCUGAUUCACCGGAUUAUGAUCCUCGUACUCUCUAUGUUCCACCUUCUGCUUGGAAGAAUUUUACACCAUUUGAAAAACAAUUUUGGGAAAUUAAAUCAAAGCAAUGGGAUUCUGUCGUUUUCUUCAAAAAAGGCAAAUUUUAUGAACUAUAUGAAAAGGAUGCAGAUAUUGGACAUCAAGACUUUGAUUUGAAGAUGACAGAUAGAGUGAAUAUGCGUAUGGUUGGUGUACCAGAAUCCUCCUUUGAUUAUUGGGCUGCACAAUUUAUUGCUCGUGGCCACAAAGUUGCUCGUGUGGACCAAAUGGAAAAUGCUAUUGGAAAAUCAAUGCGUGAUAGACAAGAAUCAAAGACGAAAUCAAAAGAAGAUAAGGUGAUCCGAAGAGAAUUGACCUCAGUAUUGACAGCUGGUACACUUGUGGAUGCUGGUCUUUUGACAGAUGACAUGGGAACUUAUUGUAUGGCUAUCAAGGAAUACUGCCCAUCAGAUCAAUCAGAUCCUUUGUUCGGUAUUUGUUUUGUGGAUACUUCAACUGCUGAAUUCAAUUUGGUGACAUUCCAAGAUGAUAGAAAUCGAACCAAUUUUGAAACUCUCAUUAUGCAAAUCAAACCAAGGGAACUUGUGACUGAAAAGGGUCGCCUCAGUGCAGAUACUUCUCGUAUCCUCAAGAAUUGCCUCAAUAAUCCUAUUUGGAAUAUGUUGAUACCUGAAUCCGAAUUCUGGGAUGACCGUGUUACAGCUGAUGAAAUUCGUAUUGGUGCCUAUUUCACGCAAGGUAACUCCAAUGAUGAUUUGGAUUCUAUGGAUUCAUGGCCUACUGCUUUACAAACUGCUGCGAAAACUCCUGUAUUAUUAUCUGCUAUUGGAGGAUUGAUUUGGUACCUACGAUCGUUGAAAUUGGAUAAAGAACUAUUAUCAGCUCGAAACUUCCAUCCAUAUGAUCCUUUACAAAAUGCCACUUCUUUGGUACUAGACGGCCAAACGCUUGCUAACUUGGAAAUCUUUGAAAAUUCAUUUGAUGGCUCAACUGAUGGAACGGUAUUCAAGCUUCUUGCCAAUAGUAUUACUCCAUUUGGAAAGCGACUCUUCAAGAGAUGGUUAUGCCAUCCUUUACGCCAACUGAACGAUAUCAAGACGAGACAAGAUGCUGUAGAGGAUUUGAUGAAUAUGCCUGAAAUUCAUGAACGGAUUUCAACUGUAUUUGCUGAACUACCUGAUCUGGAACGACUUAUUUCACGUAUUCAUUCUAAACGUUGCAAAGUUUCGGAAUUUUUAUUAGUACUUGAUGGAUUCAAGAAAGCAAAGACCCUUAUCGACUGGUUAUCGUCAGUAUGUCCAUCAUUUGAAUCUGUUCUUUUAAAAACCUUAGUGACGAAAUUCCCUCCAAUCAAUGAUCAACUUGAAUACUUUGGUGGAGCCUUUAUUAUCGCUGAAGUGGAUAUUGAUUAUCAAAAAAUGACAGCCAUCAUUCCAAAACAAGGUGUAAACAAGGACUGGGACGAUAUCAAUGAUGAUCUGAAAGGAUUGGAAAAGGCAUUUGCCACUCACUUGGCACAAAUGAAACUAGAAUUAAAAUCAAGUCGAUUGGAAUACAAGGAUCUUGGCAAAGAAAUAUAUCAAAUAGAAGUCCCAAAGAAUAUUACAGUACCAAAGGACUGGAUUAGAAUGUCAUCAACUUCAAAAGUGAACCGCUAUUGGAAUGCUACUCUUCGAGAACUUGUUACACAAUAUAAAGAGCAUUUGGAAAUUAAAAAUGCUUAUACCAAGAAUUUCGCCAACCAAGUCUAUUCUGAAUUUGAUGAACAUUAUGACUUAUGGCUUGAUGUGGUAAAACAUUUGGCACACCUUGAUGCUUUACUUGGACUUUGCAAGGGUUCAUCAAGAUUAGGUGAACCUUCGUGUCGACCUGAAUUUACUGAUCAAGAAACAAGUGUCCUUGAAUUUGAAGAAUUACGUCAUCCUUGUAUUGUCUCUGGCGCAACAACUGACUUUAUCCCAAAUGAUACUACUCUUGGUGGUGAAGAUCGACCUAACAUCAUGGUUUUAACAGGUCCAAACAUGGGCGGCAAGUCAACACUUUUACGUCAGACAUGUGUUGCGAUCAUUAUGGCACAGCUUGGUGGAUAUGUCCCAGCUAAAGCAUGUAGGAUGACUGCUUGUGAUCGGAUCUAUACCCGCAUUGGUGCAAAUGACAAUAUCCUAGCAGGACAAUCAACAUUUAUGGUAGAAUUAGCCGAAACUUCUAAAAUUUUACAUGAAGCAACACCUAGAUCGAUGGUUAUUCUAGAUGAACUUGGUCGUGGGACCUCAACUUUUGAUGGUUAUUCAAUUGCAUAUGCUGUUCUUCAUUAUUUGGCGACCCAUGUUGGAUGUUUGGCCAUGUUUUCUACUCAUUAUCAUACACUAUGUCGUGAAUUCGAACGGAAUCCAUCUAUCAAGAACAUGCAUAUGUAA